AUGUCAGAUUUAUAUGACAUAGCUACUCGGCCCUCUCACGGCUCGUCGCGCCGCCCCUACGGCCUUCGCGCCGCCCUUACGGCCCUUCGUGCCGCCCUUACGGCCCGUGCCGCCGCCCCGCCCCUCUACGGCCCCUCGUCGCGCCGUCGCCCCUUACGGCCCCUCGUGCCGCCCCUUACGGCCCCUCGCGCCGUCCCUUCGCCUACGGCCCCUCGCGCGGCCCCUUACGCCCUUUACGGCCCCUCCCGCGGCCCCCUCACGGCCCCCUACGGCUCCGUCGCCCUCCGCGGCCCCGCCACCUGCCUGUGCGGCCCCGCCACCUACCUGUGGCCCCUCCACCUACCAGCGGCCCCGCCACCUACCCGCGGCCCCGCCACCUACCUGUGGCUGGCCCCGCCACCUACCUCCGCCCCCGCCACCUACCAGCGGCCCCGCCACCUACCUGCGGCCCCGCCACCUACUAGCGGCCCCGCCACCUACCUGCGGCCCCCGCCACCUACCUUUGCGGCCCCCGCCGCCUCCUCUCAGCGGCCCCGCCGCCUCCUCCCAGCGGCCCCGGACGCCGCUCUCUCAGCGGCCCCGCCGAGCCGCCCAGCAGCCGAGCCCGCCCAGCAGCCGAGCCGCCCAGAAGCCGAGCCGCCGAGCCGCCCAGCAGCCGAGCCGCCGAGCCGCCCAGCAGCCGAGCCGCCGAGCCGCCCAGCAGCCGAGCCGCCGAGCCGCCCUGCAGCCGAACCACCUGAGCCGCCCUGUCCGAAGUCCCUCCUAGCAGCAGAGAAGAGCAUAGUAGCUGUAGGAGCCUCUCGUGGUGACCCUCGCACCCCCAUCUUUGAGGGGUGUUCCCCCUCCCCCCUUUUGCCCUCUGUUGCCUCUGCUGCUGCGGCCGACCUCGUUGGGCUUGGUCGGUCGCGGGGGCGGUGGGAGGCGGCGGUGGAGGCAGUGGAGGGGGGGGGGGCUGGGGUGGCGGUGGGGGUGGUGGUGGGGGUGGAGGUGUCGGUGGCGGCGGUGGGCGGAGGCGGCGGCGGCGGGCGGCGGUGGCGGUGGGAGCGGAGGUGGCGCGGUGGAGGAGGCGGCGGCGGAGGAGGGUGGAGCUGGUCAGGGUGGCGCUGCGCAGAGGGUCGGCUCCGGUGGUGGUCAGCGCCAGCAGCAGCAGCAGCAGCAGCAGCGCACUCGUGA